GGUCGUCUCAUUUUCAUUCCCGCUCCCUUCAGCCGCGACUAACCCCCCCCCACUACGGCCCCACCUUUUAUUGCCGUGUUGACAUCCCGGGUUACUUAUGAUACAAGGCGAGCCAGCAGCCAUAUUUCGCUGAUCGUGGCCGACGGAAGCGGACCCGAGGGGGGGCUCUCCUCAUCUUAUUGAUGAGACGAGGCAACCAAGGAUCAGUAUUGUCUAAGUCACCUACCCUGGGGCCUGCCCUGUACUCAUGCUAUUCUGGUCCCUCAAUCUGAUUUCUAUCGGCGUCCACCGAUCUUUCAAAGCCAAUGACAAGCCAAGAGGUUGCCCACUCUCUAGCCUCUGCGCCUUUAAGGGAAAUGUAAAUGAUGACAGCUUUAAUAAAGUUGCACUUCCCGAUGUUCCUGCCGUUGGAUGCUACUAGCGCGGCCCUGGUGUCUUACUGUUCCAGCUAUCUCUCCCUCGGUAUUAUUAUAUAUAUUCUAAACGAGUUAAAUUAAUACUUAAUACCCAACCUACUUAGCACUGGACACGAACAUUCCCUUAUUCUAGCCUCACGUAUCACCCAUGUUUGAGAAAGUUUACCUAUCAACACAUAUGUAAAUACUCGGGUUGUGACACUAAUUUUAAUCGUUGACUCUUAUUCAAUACGGCGUUAGUUGUUUCUACUAUCUAUACAUCAUCGAUUUUCACUUCCUUCUAUCUGGAUCUUCAGUCGAUUAUCAGGAGCGAUGGAUAAUCAGACUUCAAAGAAGUCUACUUCGCCGCAUUAUGAUAUUGUGAUUAUUGGGGCUGGUCCCGUAGGGCUCAUGCUUUCGACGUGCCUCGCGAGAUGGGGUUAUAAAAUCAAACACAUUGACAAUCGAGCCGAGCCUACACCCACGGGUCGCGCAGAUGGCAUCCAGCCUCGAUCCCUAGACCUCCUUCGCAAUAUGGGCCUAAAGUCUGCCAUCAUGGCUCAUAAGCCCGCGCGCGUUUUUGAAGUAGCCUUUUGGGACCCACCCAAAAACGGCAAAGGCAUCGUUAGAACAGGCACUUGGGCCAGCUGUCCUAGUUUUAUUGAUGCGAGAUAUCCUUUCACCACACUGGUACAUCAGGGUCGAAUAGAACGUGUAUUCAUCUCAGAUCUAGAAAAGAACGGCGUUCAGAUCCAAAGGCCAUGGACUAUUAAGGGGUUUAAGUCGGAUGGCAAAGUAGAUCCGGAGUAUCCCGUUGAAGUACAUUUGGAACAUGUCGACGGACAUCAUCGAGAAUCGGUUCGAGCUAAAUACUUGUUUAGCGGCGAAGGCGCUAGAUCAUUUGUCAGAGACCAAUUGGGAAUCAAGAUCACGCAUAAGGAUCCCAUUACGCAUGUUUGGGGUGUUAUUGAUGGCGUUGUUAAGACCGAUUUCCCAGACAUCAAGAUGAAAUGUACUAUACACUCCGGACAUGGCUCGAUAAUGGUUAUUCCUCGCGAAGAUAACAUGGUCCGGCUAUACAUACAGAUCGCAUCAUCUACGGAUGCAGACUGGAGUCCGCGUAAGACAGCUACUGCGGAACAAGUUCAGGCCUCCGCGAAGAAGAUUCUCCAUCCAUACCUCAUCGAAUGGGAACAUGUGGAAUGGUACUCGGUAUAUCCUAUCGGACAAGGCAUUUCAGAUAAAUACACAAUUGAUCACCGUGUGUUCCUGGGCGGCGAUGCUUGUCAUACUCAUAGUCCAAAAGCUGGUCAAGGAAUGAACACAGCAUUUCUCGAUGCCCUCAAUCUCGCCUGGAAAAUCCACGCCGUCGAAGCUGGAUUCGCUGAUCGAGCCAUCUUAACAACGUACGAAACUGAACGCAAGGACGUUGCAGAAACUCUGCUCUCAUUUGACAACAAAUAUGCCAAACUAUUCUCGCAACGGCCGCCUGCUGCAAAAGAGGUACAGGCCGCCUCGGAGCAGACGGAUGCGCAGGCCGAAGAUAAUGCCUUCGUUAGGACCUUCAAGGAGUCUUGCGAAUUUACUAGUGGAUAUGGUGUGGCCUACAAACCCAAUGCGCUAAACUGGUCUCCAGAUCACACAGCCAAGUCCUCUUUAAUCAAUCCUCGAGGAAGCAAACUACGAACGGGUCGGAUUAUGAUCAACGCCAACGUCACGAGGGUUGUCGACGCAAAUGUUGUGCAUUUAGAACAAGAAGUUCCUCUCAACGGCGCGUUCCGUAUCUACAUCUUCGCCGGGGAGCCUGCGGUAACCUCUAGGGCAUUGGAGGACUUUGCCCUUCGCCUCAGCAACAAGGGUUCAUUUUACAGUUCCUAUCUUCGACCGGACAUUGACUCGGUCUCGCACCACGAGACGCACAACCCUCACAGCCUCUUCUUUACUAUAUGUACCGUUUUUGCUGCCCAACGGAGUCAGAUCGAGAUCACACGGGACGUACCGAACCUCCUUUCUCGUUACCGCGACCACAUAUAUGCUGAUGACAGAUGGGACCGCCGCGUACCUGAUGCAAAGGCCACCGCCCACGCCAAGAUGGGAUUUGACGAGAAAAGAGGCGGGGUCGUCGUCGUUCGACCCGAUGGCUACGUGGGUAUCGUAACGAGCUUAGUUGAAGGCUCUGGGACCGUGGACGCAUUAAACGAGUAUUUCGGUACUUUUUGCACAAACAAGUUGGGUGAGAAGAUGGCCCAGCUAUAAAACAUUGUGUUACCCCUUCAGUAGAGGUCUCGGCAUUUCGAUAUAAGCCUAUAAGUGCAAAGAUGGUUCUUUAUUACCCUUAUAUAUUUUAGACAUACAUUAGGUACCCAAGCAUGUAUGUAGGUAUUAGCAAUACCCCGUAAGAUUGCUAAAUAGUUAUGAAUUUAUACUACACUGAUUUACAGAAAUACCACAGAGCAUCAUUUACAGAGUCAAUGCAUGGCCCAGGGGGCUACAUGUAAACAUCCUCAUAUAAUGUCAAUCGGAUGGAAGGAGCACGUAUGUAUCCUUCAAAAGCUGGGGAGAGCAUUAGGCAUCUAUGGGGUACAUAGGUAUAUAGGUA